AUGGCGGAUUACAACCAACCACCUUCUGACCCAGAGGCGAGAGCGCUGGCGAAGGGCAAAGUUGGGAGCUUUCUGCAACUUAAUCAUCUCUUCUCGCUUUCUUCCAGGUCAGUGAACAAUUUUCUGAUGACUGGCCCUAAGGCGUAUCUGAUCUACUCCAGCAGUGUGGCAGCGGGUGCCCAGAGUGGAAUUGAGGAAUGCAAACAUCAGUUCGCCUGGGACCGGUGGAACUGCCCCGAGAGAGGUCUGCAGCUGUCCACACACAGCGGCCUGAGGAGUGCAAACCGAGAGGCUGCCUUUGUGCACGCUAUCAGUUCUGCCGGGGUCAUGUAUACUUUGACCAGGAACUGUAGUUUGGGCGAUUUUGAUAACUGCGGGUGCGACGAUUCACGCAACGGACAGUUGGGAGGGCAGGGCUGGCUGUGGGGAGGCUGCAGCGAUAACGUAGGCUUUGGGGAAGCCAUUUCCAAGCAGUUCGUGGACGCCCUGGAGACGGGACAGGACGCCAGAGCCGCCAUGAACCUCCACAACAACGAGGCCGGCAGGAAGGCAGUUAAGGGUACCAUGAAACAGACCUGUAAGUGUCACGGCGUGUCUGGGAGCUGCACUACACAGACCUGCUGGCUCCAGCUCUCCGAGUUUCGGGAGGUGGGCAACUACUUAAAGGAGAAGUAUCACAAGGCGCUCAAAGUCGACCUCCUUAAAGGGGCAGGCAACAGCGCAGCCAGCCGGGGCGCCAUUGCCGAGACCUUCAACGCCAUCUCCAAGAAGGAACUGGUCCACCUGGAGGAUUCCCCCGAUUACUGCCUGGAGAACAAGACCCUGGGGCUGCAGGGCACGGAAGGCAGGGAGUGCGUCAAGAAGGGCAAACAGCUGAGCAAGUGGGAGAAACGGAGCUGCAAGCGGCUGUGCGGGGAUUGCGGGCUGGGCGUGCAGGAGCGCAGGGCGGAGAUGAUGAGCAGUUGCAACUGCAAGUUCCACUGGUGCUGCGCCGUGAAGUGCGAGCAGUGCAGGAAAACAGUCACCAAGUACUUCUGCGUCAAGAAGGGCAAAAAGUCCACGAGAAACGAGAGCGAUUCGAAGAGGAAGGGUUCGCGUCUCAGCCGCAGGCACUGA